UCACAUUAAUAAUAAAGAAUAAAUAUGAAAUAAAUAACUAAUUAUAUCUCAAUUUUUUCAAAAACUAGGAAAAAGGAAAAAUUGGAGUUCUCUUGCAACGUCUCCGAUUUGUCAGUUGUGUCCAUGGCUGAAGAAGAAGGAAACGCGGCGGAGCAACCGGUAUCCGACCCGAACCCGUGCCCGAUUUGUCUUGCACCAUUUACUGAAGAGUCUUACCUGGAUCAAUGUUUCCACAAAUUUUGCUACAGCUGCAUUUUGCAUUGGAUAAAAGUGGUUACGAGCAAGCACUCGCGUGCACCUGCUUCAGUAAAGUGUCCUUUAUGUAAGACAGAGAAUUUUUCUAUUAUACAGAGCUAUAGUGGAGGGUUUUUUCAACAACAUUAUGUUAAUGGAAACUCGGACAAUAGUGCGUUCUUCACAAAAUCUCACAAGUAUAGAUUGCAAUGCUACUAUAUCAAUGAAGGGGGCUUAUUUGACAAAUUCAAUGUGCCACGUUAUUGGAAAUUGCACAAGUAUCGUCAGCCUAAUCCUUGGCUUAUAAGUUGGUUGAGAAGAGAAAUCCAGGCUUUGACUCAGGAGGAAGAUGUAGAUAUUAUUGUACAUCAUAUACUUGGUGUCAUUGACUCAUUUAGAAGAAAUGAGCAAAAGCAAAAAAAAGUUACUCCUCAAGCAAAGCAAGAAGAGUUCAAGAUCACGGUGACUGAAGCAGCAAGACCUUUCCUGACAGGUCGAACUGAUCGAUUUGUGAACGAGUUAGAACUAUUUCUAGCUUCAUCUUUGACUAUUGAUGCUUUUGAUAGAAUUUAUAUCCAACAUUUGGGUUGGAAAAUUCCUGAAAUGAUGGGUGAGGGUGAGGUAGGAGAAGCAGUUGAACAUGCCCCUUUGGUUCCCUAUUUGUACUUCUUUGAUGAGGAUUGCGAUGGAAAUGAAUAGAUUUUCUCCUUAAA